UGGUUUACACCUGCAAGUUAUCCAUUAACAUCGGCCUAGAGCCGGACGAACAUUACAGUGUCCGUGAUGAAAUAUCUGAAAACACAGAAAAAGAAUGAUUUGUCUGCGAUUUAUCAUUCAAAAAAGGAGAUGAAGAGAGAAUAAAAAUACAUCAUUGACAGCCGUUUUUGAUAACCGGGCAUCCAAGCUGUAUAGGAAUAUGUCUCUUCAGUCAUCCAGACCUCAAGUUCAAAUGGGAUCACCAUCUUCCACAGAUUCUCAUUAUAGUAAACCCAUGCAGAAAGACGUUGUUGGAUUACCAUCUUUACCUGAUCUGGUAACAUCGUUUUGGGGUGUGCUUGCCAACCCUUUCAAAUAUUACUCACAGGUUAAAGCUGUUGUACCAGACAAUUAUGAUGUCAACAAUCAAACUAGUGAAGACAUUUCAUUAAAAAAAUGUAAAAAUGUAAAAAUGAACGAAAGUAUUGAAAAUACAAAAGUGAAGCUUAAAAACUAUGCCAGACGAGAUAAAGAAAAGGAGAUGCCACCUGCUGUAUGUACGGAACAGACAGAGUGUAUAAGUGAUAAGAAGCUGAAGUACCUGAUUUGUUUAUGGUUUUUCAUUAACCAUAUGAAGUCUGCAGGUGCAACCAGUGGUCAUUGCAACUUGGAGAUACGAGAUGAGGUGGUAAAUGCCACGUGGAGCACAACAAAUGGCCACAGUACCCUUUUUAGAGGCAACGGACGCCUAAUAGCUUAUUGUGAUCCUAUGUUUAACAACGCCUAUUUGAGCAAUGCCUCCGAUGAUGGUGUAUACCAUGCCCAUUUUGAGAAUGGCAGUAUAUGCAGGGUCAACUUUAGCCUACCAUCCCAGACGGAGAUGUCUAUUCAAAUAGAGUCAGUGACUGGCGGAUUGGACACAGUACACAUCAAUGGACAAGUUGUUCACUGCAAUAAUGCUACAAUGGCUUUGGCGAACAUCAAAGGUGCAACCAGUGGUCAUUGCAACUUGGAGUUACGUGAUGAGGUGGUAAAUGCCACUUGGAGCACAACAAAUGGCCACAGUACCCUUUUCAGAGGCAACGGACGCCUAAUAGCUUACUGUGAUCCUAUGUAUAAUAACGCCUAUUUGAGCAAUGCCUCCGAUGAUGGUGUAUACCAUGCCCAUUUUGAGAAUGGCAGUAUAUGCAGGGUCAACUUUAGCCUACCAUCCCAGACGGAGAUGUCUAUUCAAAUAGAGUCAGUGACUGGCGGAUUGGACACAGUACACGUCAAUGGACAACUUGUUCACUGCAAUAAUGCUACAAUGGCUUUGGCGAACAUCACAGUCGAAGUCAAAACUGAUGGCAGUAAAGAAGCAGAAACAGAUGGCAGGAAAAAAGCAGAAUUUGCUGGCAGUAUAGAAGCAAAAACGGAUAACAGUGAUUGGUUGAUUUUGCUUGUGGCAGUACCUAUUCUGAUCGCGCUUGGCUGGAUAUCUAAAUUAAGGUUCUGUGGAAAACAAGAAUUAGACAGACAGAAUCUUCCUGAUGCAGCAUGAGCAUAUUCUAUAGAGGAAGUGAUGCUACACCAUCGUUUUUUUGCAACUGAUUAGCUACAAACAUUAUCAUUUGAAAAGAAAAGAAAAAGAGUAAGCAAAAAAGAUAUAAUGGAAACGGUGGCUUUUGAUAGCCUAUCCAUAUCUGCAUGAGGUAUCGUUGUUGAUCUGUUUGUUUCAUAUGUUAAGUUCAGAACUUUUCAAUGAUUACAUUAGUUAUUUUUUCAGCUUAACUUAUUAUAUAAUAUCUUAGUUGGCCAAAGGUUACUCUGUAUAUAUUGAAGCACAGGCUAUCUUAGGUUGAGUAUGGGUAGAUAAUAUGUUGAACAUCAUUGAUUACUGACGCGUAUUCUUGAUCAUUAUAGGUGACUGUAUGCUGUAUGUUUGUCGAUUUUAUUAUUGAAAAACAUUUUGCAUUGUUAUAUCUUUGCUUUCAAGAGUGAAGUAUUAUAAUGAGUUGAAUGGAAUAAGGAGGUUAGCUCUUCGCUGAUGGGCGAGAAAUAUUAUGACUACUAUCCGCAGACGAUUUGGCUUUAUAGGCGGACACUGUAAUAGGCCUUCAAAGAAUACUUAACAAACUAUUAAUCUUUACACAGGAUUUUAACCUUACUGUCAAUACUAAGAAAACCAAUGACAUGGCUUACAAAAAUGGAGGCAAACUCUAGAAGACUGAAAAGGGAUAUUUUAAACGACUUCCAAUAUGUUGGUGUAUUUCUUUCACAACAACUAUCGUUUACAAGAAUGACAAAUGGACAGGCUACUACUGGAAAGUGCUGAUUUCGUUGUUAACUAUACAAAUUUGUACAUCUUCAUCAAACGUCGUAUUUUAAAAUAUUUGAUACAAAAAAUGCGCCAAUAUUAAUAUAUGGUUCAGAAUUAUGGGGUAUUGAAAAACGUUUUAAAGCAAUUAAAUCUGUACAUAAAUCUGUGUAUAUUCUCUUCAGAUACUACAUAUACCAAAUGAUAGAUUUGUGCGCUUUGUGUAUAAUAUGCUCAUAUGUAUGGACGAAUCGGGGCACAGCAAUAAGACAACACAGGUUGAACAUAUAUAAAAUGUGAUAGCGUAUAGUUAUGUUUCGAUUGACCAACUGGGCCUUAAUGAAAAUAUAGUUUUGACCUACAUCGUGCAAAGACAUAAAGACCAAUACUUGCAAGAUAGGACACGGUUUAUAUAUCAGAAUCUCAUAUAUUUAGCCUGUUAAAAAAUGAACACAGAUUAUAAUCAUGCACCAAACUUAAAUAACAUAAGAAAUAAGGCAGUUUCGAAGUGCUUUAGCUAAGCUUAAGUUUUCCGCCCAUAAUUUAAAAAUUGAAUCAGGCAGAUAUUAUAAUAUUCCCUAUGAAAACAUAUUUGUAAACUAUGCCAACUAGAAAUUGAAACUGAUCACCAUUUUAUAAAGAAAUGUACUACUUUCAAUAAUCAGAUGAUAAACUAUCCCCCCAGCAAGUAUUACAUAAAUCCGAGCAUGCAUAAAUUUUAUCUCUUACUGAACACAACAACAGAUAGCACUUUUAAUAACUUAUUAAUGUUCAUAUUCUAUGCUGUAGAGUUGCGGGAAGAAUUGGUAAAUAAUGAACUUCCAUAACAGUGUUAAAAUCACCAUACUAGGGUAUGCUAAUUCAUAAAUGAAUAUAAUGUUUUUCUCUCGUGUACAUGGUAUUAUUUGCACAUUUAUCACUACAUAUUAAUUAUUUUCUUAGUCAAAUAUUCUUGACAUACAUGACCUUCCAUAACAGUGUUAAAAUCACCAUACUAGGGUAUGAUUAUUCAUAAAUGUAUAUAAUAUUUUUCUUCUUUGUACAUGGUAUUAUAUGCACAUUUAUCGCUACAUAUGUUCUCAGUGAAAUAUUCUUGAUAUAUAACUUGUUUUCACAAUUCACCUGUUAUCGUCUUUUUUCUAUAUGUUUGUACAUCAUGAUUGUUUUGGGCCGGUGACCUUUAUCAAAUAAAUGAUUUGAAUUUAAAAUUGAAUUGAGUGGACUAGAUGAAUGUGUAUAUUACGAUUAUGUAUAUAGCCUUGUUAUACCCCCACAAACGAAUUUUGGGGGGGGUAUAUAGGAGUGAGCUUGUCGGUCGGUCGGUCGGUCUGUCUGUCGGUCGGUCGGUCGGUCUGUCGGUUUUCAUGGUUUCCGGACGAUAACUCGUGAAAAGCUAGACAGAUUUGAUAACUUUUUGGUACACAGGUGUAACAUCAGAAGAUACAGGUCAAGUUCGAUAUUGGGGCUGGUGGGGCCAAGGUCAAGGCCACUGUUACUAAAAAUAGAAAAACGGUUUCCGGACGAUAACUCAUGAAAGGCUAGACAGAUUUGAACAAUUUUUGGUACACAGGUGUAAUAUCAGAAGAUACAGGUCAAGUUCGAUAUUGGGGCUGGUGGGGCCAAGGUCAAGGUCAUUGUUACUAAAAAUAGAAAAACGGUUUCAGGACGAUAACUCAUGAAAGGCUUGACAGAUUUGAACAAUUUUUGGUACACAGGUGUAACAUCAGAAGAUACAGGCCAAGUUCGAGAUUGGGGCUGGUAAGGCCAAGGUCAAGGUCACUGUUAAUAAAAAUAGAAAAACGGUUUCCGGGCGAUAACUCAUGAAAGGCUGGACAGAUUUGAACAAUUUUUGGUACACAGGUGUAACAUCAGAAGAUACAGGUCAAGUUCGAUAUUGGGGCUGGUGGGGCCAAGGUCAAGGUCAUUGUUACUAAAAAUAGAAAAACGGUUUCCGGACGAUAACUCAUGAAAGGCUUGACAGAAUUAAAUAAUUUUUGGUACACAGGUGUAACUUCAGAAGAUACAGGUCAAGUUCGAUAUUGGGGCUGGUGGGGCCAAGGUCAAGGUCAUUGUUACUAAAAAUAGAAAAACGGUUUCCGGACGAUAACUCAUGAAAGGCUAGACAGAUUUGAACAAUUUUUGGUACACAGGUGUAACAUCAGAAGAUACUGUUUGGUACACAUGUGUAACAUCAGAAGAUAUAGGUCACGUUUGAUAUUGGGGCUGGUGGGGCCAAGGUCAAGGUCACUGUUACUAAAAAUAGAAAAACGGUUUCCGGACGAUAACUCAUGAAAGGCUUGACAGAUUUAAACAAUUUUUGGUACACAGGUGUAACAUCAGAAGAUACAGAUCAAGUUCGAUAUUGGGGCUGGUGGGGCCAAAGUCAAGGUCACUGUUACUAAAAAUAGAAAAACGGUUUCCGGACGAUAAAUCAUGAAAGGCUUGACAGAUUUGAACAAUUUUUGGUACACAGGUGUAACAUCAGAAGAUACAGGUCAAGUUCGAUAUUGGGGCUGGUGGGGCCAAGGUCAAGGUCACUGUUACUAAAAAUAGAAAAACGGUUUCCGGACGAUAACUCAUGAAAGGCUUGACAGAUUUGAACAAUUUUUGGUACACAGGUGUAACAUCAGAAGAUACAGGCCAAGUUCGAGAUUGGGGCUGGUAAGGCCAAGGUCAAGGUCACUGUUAAUAAAAAUAGAAAAACGGUUUCCGGGCGAUAACUCAUGAAAGGCUUGACAGAUUUGAACAAUUUUUGGUACACAGGUGUAACAUCAGAAGAUACAGGUCAAGUUCGAUAUUGGGGCUGGUGGGGCCAAGGUCAAGGUCAUUGUUACUAAAAAUAGAAAAACGGUUUCCGGACGAUAACUCAUGAAAGGCUUGACAGAAUUAAAUAAUUUUUGGUACACAGGUGUAACUUCAGAAGAUACAGGUCAAGUUCGAUAUUGGGGCUGGUGGGGCCAAGGUCAAGGUCAAUGUUACUUAAAAUAGAAAAACGGUUUCCGGACGAUAACUCAUAAAAGGCUAGACAGAUUUGAACAAUUUUUGGUACACUGGUGUAACAUUAGAAGAUACUGUUUGGUACACAUGUGUAACAUCAGAAGAUAUGGGUCACGUUUGAAUUUGGGGCUGGUGGGGCCAAGGUCAAGGUCACUGUUACUAAAAAUAGAAAAACGGUUUCCGGAAGAUAACUCAUGAAAGGCUUGACAGAUUUAAACAAUUUUUGGUACACAGGUGUAACAUCAGAAGAUACAGAUCAAGUUCGAUAUUGGGGCUGGUGGGGCCA